AUAUAACGUCAUAGCUAAAGUAGUGUAGUAGAUGAUAUAAAUUACGAUCUAGUAGAGAAGGACAUUUCUAUCAUCUUCAACGGAAAGAAGCUCACAGGAUUUAACCUAACGUAGAGAAAAGGAGUGACAAUAAUUAUGUGUGGAAUAUUCGGGUACCUCAACUACUUGACCCCUAGAACGCGUCAGUUCAUCUUGGAGAGUCUGAUUAAAGGCCUCCAGAGGCUAGAGUAUCGAGGGUACGACUCUGCAGGUGUGGCAUUUGACACUGACGACCAGGAUGGGCAGGGACUGGCCAAAAUCAGACUGGUGAAAACCAAGGGCAAAGUGUGUGUCCUCAACGAGUCCAUAUUCUCUGCAGAGGAUCUUAACUUGGACAGUGAGAUGGCUACACAUGUGGGCAUUGCUCACACCAGAUGGGCCACUCAUGGAGUCCCUAACUUUGUCAACUCACAUCCACAGAGAUCGGACCUUGACAAUGGUUUUCUGGUGGUACAUAAUGGGAUCAUCACCAACUACAAAGAUAUCAAGCAGUUCCUGGAGGAGAGAGGUUUCAGUUUUGAAUCAGAUACAGACACUGAAGUCAUACCAAAGCUUAUGAAGUACUUCUAUGACUCUCAGUGUGCAGAUGAUGGUGACAAGCCCACUUUGAGGGAGCUGUUGGAACAGGUUGUUCAGCAACUGGAAGGUGCAUUUGCUCUUGUGUGUAAGAGUGCCUUCUUCCCUGGAGAGAUAGCUGCUGCCAGGAGGGGGAGCCCCUUACUGAUAGGCAUCAAGAGUGACAAUGGGCCAGCUGACAAUAUUGACGUCCUCUACACGUCACCAUUCCGUUCUCCUCAAGCGGACCCGUUUGACGUGCUCGAAGACUAUUCUGCUGGCCUCUCGGUCCCGGAGGAGCCAUCACCUCCGAAGAUCACUCGUCCAGACAUGAUCAGGACAAACAGCAUCACUAUCAUCAACCCUGACUCCUGUAACAAGGACAUACGGGCUGAGUACUUCUUUGCUUCAGAUGCAAGUGCCAUCAUCGAGCACACCAAUCGAGUGGUCUACCUCGAGGACGAGGACGUGGCAGCUGUCUCCUCUGAUGGAGUGUUGACAAUUCAUCGACUCAAGAGAGGCGGUGCCAUGCAGAGGAAGGUACACACACUCAAGAUGAAGCUCCAAGAAAUAAUGAAAGGGAGCUACAAGUACUUCAUGCAAAAGGAGAUCUUUGAGCAGCCCGAGAGUGUGGUGAAUACAAUGAGGGGGCGUGUGUUAUAUGACCAGCACAAGGUGGUGCUGGGUGGUCUCAAUAGUCACAUCUCUGUCAUACGUCGCUGCCGGAGACUCAUCUUCAUUGCGUGUGGGACGAGCUAUCACAGUGCAUUAGCAACCCGUCAGCUUGUUGAGGAGUUGACUGAGUUGCCCGUGAUGGUGGAGCUCUCCUCCGACUUCAUGGACCGCACAACACCCAUCUUUAGAGAUGAUGUCACUUUCUUCAUCAGCCAGUCAGGUGAAACUGCAGACACACUGAAUGCGAUGCGUUACUGCAAGUCCAAAGGUGCCCUCGUUGUGGGUAUAACCAAUACUGUCGGGAGCACCAUCAGUCGCGAGACUCAUUGUGGUAUCCAUGUCAACGCUGGCCCUGAGAUUGGAGUAGCAAGUACCAAGGCCUACACAAGUCAGUUUAUAGCACUCGUCAUGUUUGCUCUGGUUAUGAGUGAGGACCGAGUUAGCAUGCAGCCACGGAGGAGGCAAAUCAUGGACUGCUUGAAGAUCAUUCCAGAUCUGAUCAGAGAGACUCUUUCCCUGGAUUCUAAGAUAUCUGACCUGGCCAAGCAACUUUAUGAGCAGAAGAGUCUGAUUGUUAUGGGCAGGGGCUACAACUAUGCUACCUGUCUGGAGGGAGCUCUUAAAAUAAAAGAGCUAACGUACAUGCAUUCUGAGGGAAUACUCAGUGGUGAAUUAAAGCAUGGACCUCUGGCAAUGAUAGAUAAACACAUGCCUUGCAUCAUGGUCAUCACCAAGGACAACACUUACAAGAAAUGUUUGAACGCACUACAACAAGUGUCUGCUCGCUCUGGUCAGCCAAUCAUCAUCUGCACCAAGUCAGACAGUGAUCUGACAGGGAAGGGCUCGAUCACAAUGGAGGUCCCUCAGGUCGUUGACUGUCUACAGGGGGUGCUCACCGUCAUACCAUUGCAGCUGCUCUCCUACCAUAUUGCCACUCUCAAAGGAUUUGAUGUGGACUGUCCUCGACACUUGGCUAAAAGUGUCACUGUAGAGUGAUCGAUAUAUGUACUCAUCAAGACUCUAUAGGUUGAUUUUUGACAUUCUUACACUGCCAUUAUGCAUGUAACUGCUUCUUUUUUUAUGGUACAGUAAUAUACACGUGUUUCAUGAAUUAUCUCAGGUAUCACAUUAUUAGCUGUAUCCUG